GCACUGCAGACCCAGUAGCCAGACCAUUUUCGUCUCAGGGUAUCUCCCAGCAAAAUGUCAAGCCAACACCAUUCCCGGUUCCUCCACCGCCUCCCUUACUGCCGCCAAGGAUAGCGAUGAAUGAGCAAGGAUCCGUUCAGGCGAACCCUCAUAUGAACUCUUUGCAAUAUGGCGCUCCAAUUAGUGGCCAUACGUUACAUAGACCAUUAUCUCAGCUCAAUCUCAAUCCAAACAAUGUUCCGAUAGCAGAUUGGCAAGACAACAUUUCGCCAAGUCAGCGUAGACGUCAAGAAGAAGAAGAUAGAUUGCUCGCUGAAGAAAAGGAAAGGAUCCGACUAGAAAAGGAGGAAAUUGCUAGGAAGGCAGCAGAGUUGGAACGGGAAAAGGCGGAACAAGAAGCCAAAAGAGAGGAGGAAAGAAUAAGGAAACAAGCUGAAGAGGAAAGAGAAAGAAAAGAACUCGAGAGGAAACUCCGAGAACAAUGGGAAGCAGAAGAUGCUGAGCGACGAAGAAA